GCUUCGUCAAAGUAGGGUAACACCAUAUUGACUGCAAAAUGGAAGUACAACAAGAAAUCGGUGGGGCACAAGCACUUCUUCAGUUGGGCUCUAAACUCAAGGAUGGCGAGGAGGAUCCUGAGCUAAAUAUAAGCGAGAUCGAUGAUUCUCGGAAUAAUGAUAUCAUGGACGAUGGCGAUGAGUCUGUUGUUCGAGAUCAAACUGGUGAAAGUGAUAGACUCCAGUCUGAAGACGAUGAAUCAAAGACUACAAACCAACAGAUAAAUGACGCUGUGGAAGCUGCCGUGAUGCGUUAUGUUGGGGGCACUUUGGAUACAAAUGGUCCCAGGAAGAAUAAGAGAAGAAUUAAUCAUGAAGAGAUCAUGAACAACAUUAAUGAUUUCAAUCAGUGGACUGGAUUUUUGGAUGAAGAUGUGACGAACGAAGACUACAGUUAUGCCAACGACAUUACAGGAAAACAUAGAAUAGGCAAGAGAAGAAGGGUGAGUCAGGAUAUUGACCCCGAAUUAGCAGGACUCGGUACUUCUGAACACGAUCAGUUAGUUGAAGCUGCUAUAAUAGACGCUAGAGAAUUGACGAGGCACAUCAAUAGCGGGGAUUUGAAUGAUCAUGAUAAUCUUCAGAAUACAUUGAAUGGCGUACCUCCACAUCAAGCGCAACAAGUAUUGGCAGCGGCCAAUGCAGCCGUUCAAAAUCAAGGGCAUGGAUCAGAUUCAAUUUCUGCUAUUACACAACUUGCUCAAGCUGCCUCAUCCUUAUCUAGCUCUGCUAAAAAAGCAAAAGUAACUCCCAGAAGUAAAAAGGAGUUGAAAAGAAUAGAAGAAAGUCUUAUAAACUAUGCUACGGGGGUGUCUGACGUACAGUUACAAGACAAGGGCGUUUCGAAAACAAACUUCAGUCAUCUUAAUGAUGUGGAGAGUCUUAUUGAAGAAGCGUCCAGCCGUGCAUGCAACUGGUAUAACUCCUUGGGAGACAAUACAGGAAAGGGUCCAAGAUUAUUUGCCCCUAUCGAGAUAAGUGCUGUGGAUCAUUUUAUUUCGGGCUACUGUCAUUUGUUCAAAUGGACUAGAGAAGAUAUUUGCAACAGAAUAUGGUCGAGUGAACGUAAAAAGGAUAACUUUUGGGAGUCGUUAACUCGAGUCUUGCCUUACAGAUCCCGGGCAUCUAUUUAUAAGCAUGUCAGAAGACUGUACCAUAUUUUUGAAAUUAGAGGUAAAUGGACAAAGGAAGACGACGAGUACUUAAGAAGAUUGGCCGUUGACCAUGAAGGUAAAUGGAAGAAGAUUGGUGAAGCCAUGGGUAGAAUGCCGGAAGAUUGUCGUGAUCGUUGGAGAAAUUAUGUGAAAUGUGGUGAUCAGAGAACAUCACAAAAGUGGACACCAGAAGAAGAGCAUGCUCUAAAGGUAAUUGUUACAGAAAUGGUAAGCAAUGCAGAUGGUAAGGAUAAGCAGUCUGCUAUCAACUGGACUCUAGUGAGCGAUCGUAUGAAUGGUCGUAGAUCUAGAAUUCAAUGCCGUUACAAGUGGUCUAAACUUGUACGCAGAGAAUCCAUGCUUAGGUCCACGUAUAUGUCACCAGAGGUAAAGUCGUGGCUUUUGAAGCGUUUGGAAAUAUCAGGUUUCGAAUCUAUUGAAAAAAUUGAUUGGAAUUAUAUUAGUCAGAUUUAUCACUCUGAACAGAAAGAACUCUUCCCAGAGCCCAAUUAUGACUGGGAUGCUACGGAUUUCAAGACUGCUUUUGAGAAAAUGAAAACCGAAGUCAAGGACCACAGGAAACUUUCAUUGCAUGUUCUUCUCCAAAAGUUGACCAACGAUUACUACAAAAAAGAACCGAAGGUUAUAGCUGCUACCCCCGUUGAUGAGCGGUUGUUACAAAAUGCUCCAGAGAUGAAAGCACAAGACCUCAAUAAAGAUUUAGCUCAGAAGCAGUACAAUCAAGGCAAACCUCAAGCACAUGGCCACAAUGUGGACAAUAACGACCCUGCAUCCAUAGCGAAUGCUGCAGUGGCAGCUAUUUCGUCUGGCGUGGAUGUGGAUGAGCCGCAACAACAGGAGUACAGUUUGUGGAGAUAGUGCUUAGUUCGUAACAUUAUGAGGCAAUCCUUAAUGGAGAAUCCAACUAUGACAGUACAUUAGUUCUCUAAAAUACAAUCACAGAUGUGGUUUAUCUGCAUGCCCUAAGUAGAAUGUUCCAAAUUCCAAGUUCUAUUCUAUUGCCAUAUUGCCGUAGUUUGUUUGCAACCCACUAUUUGCGAG